GUUAACAUUCAAUUGUCCACUCCUCUGUUGUCUCCUGUUCCCACUUUCCUCUUCCAAAUUCGAAUUUCAAAUCCCAUCUCUCCCCUCCCUUUCCUCUGCUUUCUCUCCCAAUCACUGCUCUUUCAGCUCCUCCUCCUCCUCUGCACCUCUGCACUCCCACUCCACUCAAUUCAAUCUCUCUCUCUCUCUCUCUCUCCGUGUUUCAGUUUGCUUGUGUCAUUCAGUUUGAUGGGUGCUUCAGGGAAAUGGCUGAAAUCACUCAUCUCCCACAAGAAGUCGCCCCAAAGCGACCCAGAAAACGCGGGGCUUGCGGAGAAGGGCAAGAAGAAAUGGAGGCUAUGGAGGAGUGCUUCGGAUAGCUUGACCUUGAACAAGGACCCGAAAGUAGGACCAAUGGCUCAGUCUGAGCUGUCCUCAUCCUCUUCCUCCUCCCAUGAUCCUGCAUUGACCGCGGCAAUGGCUACCCUGGCCCGGGCCCCUCCGAAGAACUUCAUUGCCGUAAAGAGGGAAUGGGCUGCCAUCCGGAUCCAAACCGCAUUUCGGGCAUUCUUGGCGAGACGUGCUCUGAGGGCAUUGAAGGCAGUCGUUCGGAUUCAGGCGAUAUUCCGAGGCCGACAAGUCCGGAAACAAGCUGCUGUGACCCUACGGUGCAUGCAGGCUCUUGUACGGGUUCAGGCUCUGGUCAGGGCACAGUGCUCGGGCAUGUCUUCAGAUGAAAGGAAGCCCGAUCCAAUUAAGCAAGCAGAGCAAGGAUGGUGUAAUAGCCCGGGAACUCUUGAAGAAGUGCGCUCGAAGCUGCAGAUGAGGCAAGAAGCAGCCAUCAAGAGGGAGAGAGCAAUGGCUUACUCCCAAUCCCAACAGCAAUUGAGAUCUGGUGCCAGCCCGAUGAGAGUUAACAAAGCAGCGUGUCCGCUAAGGAAUCAACAGUUUGAUAAAAAUGGUGGCUCGGAUUGGAGCUGGUUAGAGCGCUGGAUGGCAUCGAAACCGUGGGAGAACCGGUUCCUGGCGGAGAGAACUGGAGACUUCUCGACUGGUUCCCAUUCCCUUUCUUCCGAGUUCGACUCAGUGAAGGUGAGACGGAACAACAUGACCACCAAAGUCUCCGCUGCUAAGCCUCCAUUUCUAGGACCAAUCACAAGCUCCUUUUCCGACCCCAUCUCGGGAUCCGUCUAUGGUGAAACCUCAACAUCGACUUCAACAUCAGAAGCGUCCCGCACUCCAAUGACCGGGGAAAGUACUCUGGAAAAGCCGGGAUAUAUGUAUCUCACCGAGUCAUCUAGGGCUAAGCUAAGGGCAUAUAAGUAUGCCAAUCUUCACAACAUGAGGAGCCACUUAACGGCAGAUUCCCAAUUUUGCAACAAAUCGAUGGCCCUAUCUUCCUGUGGGGACACAAGGAGCAUUGCGGACUCGAACCCGAACCCUUUGGUGUUCUUCUCGCAGGAUCUCUACCCGGCUCAGCAUUCAGAAGGGCAGAUCUGUACUAGUAACCGAAGAUUCUAAUGAGUGUCUGCUUAUGUCGCGAGUUCAACAGCUUGUUGUGACUAGAAACCUCGACCGACAGGUUUUAUUGUAUUUUUAGUUCCGAAGUGUUGGAUGAGUAACCCGUAUAGGUAUAGAAUCACACAAUCAUUGGAUUGUUACUGAUGAGUGGUAUUAUAUGAACUUAUUUUUCAAGAGAGUUGUCCAUCUUUCGGGUUUUUCGUAUCUGUUGACAGAACUUAAUGUAACAUUUACAAAGCAAAAGAGGUUUGUGUUUGGAUUGUUGUACGA